UGCAUCAAUGUUUUUGCCUGCUCCAGAAACAGCAGAGGAACUUUCGGGAGGGGUUUCUUCUGUCCCACGCUUCAGCCAUGGCUGCAAAGGUUGUUCACUGGAAUAGCUAUCUCCAGGUGAUUCUGUCCCGUGAAAGCCGGAGAGUUGAGUGUUUCCAGAAAGCAGAGAACAUUCUGCUUAUUGUACUGGAGAGAGUCAAUGCAAUGGACCCCAGGUUUAUAGUGGAUUAUUCAAGAAACUUGGAAGCCUUGGAAUUUGCCCUCUCUGCUGCUGAGGAUGAAGUAAGCAUGGAGGUUCCCUUGAGUAUUGAUGCGGAUGCCCUCUUGAUGCAGGAGUGUUCAGGUGAACAGAGCGACUCCGAGAAGGUUACUCGUGGGAACUAUCAGAUGCCAGGAUCUUGCUAUGUAGGAGUACCUAAGGAAGGUGCUCACCCUGAAAACUGGACCAAAGAAGAUGUAUUCAGUGCGGUGGGUGGUACUGAAUCCAGUGGCCACAUUGUGCCAGGCAAGGUCCUUCAUCUCCUGAAAGAAUUGAUCAUUGCUGCAAUUGUGCAUUGCAAGCACCAGUCCCUUAUCAAACCAGGUGAACUGAGUGCCGAGAGGCUGAAGGAUGAUGACAUGCAGCUGCCUUUGCUAGUGUCCAGUGGUUGGAAAAUGAUCUGCUUCAAUGUUGUCCCUGUAAUAAGGAGAAAGCAGGAUGUUCUGAAACUCGGCAACAAUUGGCGAGAAAAGGGUUUUCCACAAAGCAGCAUGAGCAAAGUCACUCAGGAAGCUGACUACAUCCCUGCCAGUUACUAUCACUGGAGAUAUUCCACCAAUCGUCCCAUCCUGAAACUCAUUCAGAUUGUGAGCACCCUAAAGGGGUAUCGUUUGGACAGCCUCCGCCUCCUUGAUCAAGUCGUCCAUGAGAACUGGAGAGAGGAAGGCAAGAAAUGUGGGCUUGCAUUUCACCACUUGAAGAUGGUGUUGCUCUGGGCCACUCACUUUUUCCCUUCCCCUGAAGACUGGAUGGAUCUGGAAGGGUCCGUGUACCGUCUUCUGGUGAUCCUGCUUUGUUGCUUAGUGACCAAACACCUCCCCCAUUUCCUGUAUCCAGAGCAAAAUCUGUUCCAGGGUGAUGAUGUCCUGGAAUUGAGCUCUUUGUAUCCCAAAGUGGAGAGUUUUGCUAUCGAACCCGAGCAUUUCCUGAAGUUCAAUUUUGUAAGGGAAGGCAAAACACACCACCAGAUGGACAAUGGUCUCAAAGCCUUACUUCAUCUCCCAGCUGAGGAUAAAGCCUAUUGGAACACUGCCUUCUUUGAUAUGCUGCUUAAUAAGUUUCAGAUGUACCAUAUCAAAGACACACAGCGGAUUUCUGCUAUGUCACAACUCUUGUCUAGCAUCAAGAAAAUGGUGAAUAACCAGAGUUGAAAACAUUACAGUGGGAUCACAAGCUUUCCUGCCUGAAUGGACUUCACUUUAAGUUUCCUGUGAUCUGCUGUUGUUAAUGGCUUAUUUUUUAUUUCUAGCUGUUGUGAUAAUUGCUUUAACAGGAAGAAGAGCACACACAAAAUGACAGCUUGUAAUCGUAACCUGGUGGAAACCACCAGACGGCAAUUCCAUCAUUAGGAAUGAGGGUCCAAUUUUCUAUCCACUGUUUUUUAUAUGAGAAGUGAAUGUCCACAGUAGUGUUAUUUUAUGUAUACAGUGUUCUAUAACCAUUAAGGGGAAAGGAAUAAUAUAUUCACAUACUAUAACAACUAGGUGAAAGAUUCUGAGUCUCAGCAGAACAGGGAAGCCUGUGCCUGAGGGAGAUACAAGGUUCCUCUGAAAGAAGUAUUUUUUAUUUUAGUUAUUUAUGGAAUUUAUAUACCGCCCUAUACCUGAAGGUCUCAGGGUGGUUCACAGAAUAAAAUCAAAAUAUAAAACCACAAAAUACAUAAUCAGAAUACAAUCAACAACCCACAUUUUAAAAGGGCAUAGGAUGUCAAUCAAAUCAACCAAAGGGCUGGUUAAAAAGGAAUGUUUUUGCAAUUUCAAAUACGCAUUUUACAUCCUUAAAGUAUCAAUGACUUCCCAUCUUCUCUUUCCAUGGUUCAUUCUGUAAAACAGAAAAUAUAUAUACCGUAAAUGUUUUUGACUGGUGCCUAAAGGUGUAUAAUGAAGGCGCUAGGCGAACUUCCCUGGGGAGAGUAUUGCGCGGACAGGCGGAGCCCCCCCCCAACCCCAGGGUAUCCCCGAGCGGAAUAAUGACUCAAGACGUGCUAUGGGAUUAAAAUUGGCCACAACUUUAUUAAGUUGAAGGUGUAGGGAGACCUUGGCUCAGGCAUUGGGCGUUUAUCCUUCCCAAUCCCCAGCUGGGGAUCUGAGAGACUUCAGGGUUAUCCAGAAUGUGUGGGGAUUCGGCUGGCUCUGGAGAACAUAUGUUCAAGCAGAGAGCCCGCCCCCCCCGUUUUGCCGCCAUUGGAGGGGAGAGCAAUGACAACCUCUCGGCGUAUGGCCAAUGCCUGCCCCCCAAGACCCCUUUAACGGGGAACUCAGGGAUCACCGCCACAAGGGGGGUGUGGGUCACCGCUUCAUGCCCCCCCCCAUUUAGGAAGAUAGACUAAAGGAUUCUGCCCAAGGCCUGAAACCGCCAAAGUUGUGACGUUUUGCUACGGGAAAGGCAAAACCUGCCAAUGCAGGAAAAUUCCUUUCUGGCCCUUCAACAGUGACCCUGAUGUAGCAGCACCUGAGUACCUGUGGAGAAGAGGUUAAGCUGCAAAAGAAGUUUUAACUGAGGGAGGGCAGGGUGGGAGAAGCUCAGGAGCCAACUUCCACUUUGCAGGUAAGAUUCACCUUCUGUUGUUUGGGCAGGGCAGUCCCUCCCCUUACCUGGCCAAUCCCCUGGCAACGCCUCCCCAGGCGGGAUUGGGUGAUUGGCUGAGGUAGGCAGAGACCUCCAGGUAUCCGGCCUGGGGAGGAUGAAGCCAGCCCAAACUACCAGGAGUCGCAUUGGGAUCCGGGGGGCUGCGCACGACCAUGCAAAAGGCGCUCCCCAUUUGAUGUGGGGAGCAGUCAUUCCACAGAUGGGGAGUCACUGCAGAGAAGGCCCGUUCUUGUGUUGCCACCCUCUGGACCUCUCGAGGAGGAGGCACACGAAGAAGGGGCUCAGAUGAUGAUCUCAGCGUCCCGGUAGGUUCAUAUGGAGAUGCGGUCCUUGAGGUAUUGUGGUCCGGAGCCGUUUAAGGCUUUAUAGGUCAAAACCGGCACUUUGAAUUGGGCCCAGAAACUUAUUGGUAGUUAGUGCAGUUGGAACCAGGAUUGGUAUAAUAUGCUCAAACUGCCUUGCUCUGGUGAGCAACCUGGCCACAGAAUUCUGCACUAGCUGAAGUUUCCAAACCAUCUUCAGAGGCAGUCCUACAUAUAACACAUUGCAGUAACCUAACCUUGAGGUUACCAGAGCAUAGACAAUAGUAGUUAGGCUACCUCUGUCCAGACAGGGCCAUAGCUGGGCCACCAGCCAACGGUGAUGGAAAGCACUCUGGGCCACUGAGGCCACCUGCGACAGCAAAGGAUCAGCUACAAAGCAGGCGACCUCCCACCACCCACUAACAGUGCCUCAGUCUUAUCUGGAUUGAGUUUCAGUUUGUUGGCUCUCAUCCAGUCCAUUACUGAGGCAAGACACUGGUCCAGUAGUGGGUCUCCUAUCUCACCUUUGUAAGACUCAUGAAAACAUGGACCACAAUCUGCUGGCAUCUCUGCAAACAUCUUCCAGUCCUUCAUCUGUGGGAGCUCAAGAUGUGAGGAGGAAAUUCAAAUCUAGAAGGUGGACAUGUACGAAUCUACGGCUGCAGAAGGGUGUUCUGCAACCAGCCAGCUGCUCUCCAUAGCUGCCAAGUUAUCCCUUUUUUUAAGGGAUUUUCCCUUAUGCUGAAUAGGCUUUCUCGCGAGAAAAGGGAAAACUUGGCAGCUAUGCUGCUCUCCAGUUCUAAGCCUAGCCUGCAGCCAGUGUUGGCUCAAUAUAUUUUGUUGCCUGAGGCUGAGAAGCAAAUAACACCCAUUCCCCCACCAAGUCAAGGUGCAUAGUACCCAUUAAGGCAAGACAAGUUAUUUUGGUACCUGAGGCAGAAAACCUAACAAGCACUUCCAUCCCUCCCUUGUAGCAAAAGUACAUUAAUAAUAAAUUUUGUAAUGAUUUGUUGCCUUUUCACGUCUCCCCAAAGCAGCUAUCACACUUUGACUAAUGGUAGGGCCAACCCUGUGUCCAAUGCAGCUGAGGAUACUGUACUGGCUGUAGGCUCUGCCUGUGCGUGCCUAUACUUUAAAAACAGGUUUUGGAUACUGAGAAGCUUUAAUUCUGGAAGGUACAAAUGUGUGUAAUUAUUUUAUUUUUCAUUUAGUUGUAAAAUGUGGUGCUUUGUUCUGUAGCCUUUGUUAUUGCCACAGAAUAUAUCUAUCUUUCAGGCAUAUGAAGAAUUCAUGUAAUAGGUUUAAAGUAUAUCUUUUUGCAUAUUUGUAUCAAACGUAUGUAUUUAAGAGUGCUUCCUUAUAGUCCUAAUUACUUUUAAGAUCAAUUUAAUGUACGUAAAUUCUUAAUUGUGGGAAAACACACGGUGCUGAUAUACUUCUGUAUGAAUUAUGAGACUUGAUAUCUGGUCAUUAAAUUAAUCCCUGCCUUCCAAUUCCUGCCUCUAAAGUUUUACUGUAUACAUGUUACUCUAGACUUUUACAAACACUGGUGAGAUAAAUUCAUCAAUUU